UUCUUUCCUGCUCUUUCUUUCCUGCUCUUUCUUUCCUCCUCCCACUUCUCUUUGUCUUCUCCUUCCUCAACCACACUUGCAUUCCUCAACAUCCCUCAUCGGGCACAAGAAGGCACAGAUCAUUGCGCUUGCCUUUCAAAGUUAUCUCCGAUAUAAGGCUCUGCUUUAUUUGUACUCUUUUCAACUCUUCAUGCCCUCGUGCUAAGAAAUAACUUGCUGUUGUCUUUGCCAGCCAACGCUUCUGUUGAUAGUCAGACAAUACUCAAUCCUCAAGACUCAGGCUGACGAUCUCCUCCCUCAUGUCCGACUGGAACAACGAGCAGGGUGGUUCGGCCCAUGCGAACACCUUUGGGGAAGAUAACUGGACAAGCGGAGGACAGGCUGGAAACACAUCCACCAACAACACUGACUUCGCUAACGAUGGUUUCGACGACGGCGAUGGUUUUGUAGGCGAACAGCCCGCUGGUGAUGACAAGUGUUUCGGCUGUGGCGAGACUGGUCACCGCCGUGCCGAGUGUCCCAAUCCUCAGGAGAUGACCUGCCGCUUCUGUAAGCAGCCUGGUCAUAUGAUCAAGGAGUGUCCCGAUAAGCCCCCCAUGAUCUGCGAGAACUGUGGUGAAGAAGGCCACAUGCGCAAGAAUUGCGAAAAGCCUCGCAAGAUUAACCGCGACCACAUCGCUGAUGUCAGCGCUGAUGACGCCUGGAACAAAAUCAAACAGGCCGUCAGUGAUCGAGACGUCGACGACGUUAAGGAGGCGGUCCAAGAGUACAUCAAGGCCGUCGAUGGUGAUAUUACUUAUCGCCAACUCCAAGAAGCAUUGAUCGACCACGGCAUUGGCCUCUGGCUCAUUGCGACUGAGCGAACUCUCGUCCCUGUUUUCACCAACAUGGACCUUCAGGGCCAUAUCGACAAGAAAUACACCGUUUCUUAUCGCUUUGUCGAGCAUGCUGAUCGUCCUCGUGAGCUCGAAGGAUGGCCUAAGAGCCGGGACGAACUUCUCUCUCGUCUGGAUGACGCUGGCGAAGUCGUGGAUCGAGGUGUUCCUCUUUGUCUGAACUGCAAGGAACUUGGACAUAUCUCCAAGUUUUGUACUCAGGAGAAGACGGAACGUACCGAUGUGGUCAAGAUCUCUUGCUUCAACUGCGGUGCGGAUGGCCACCGUGUCAGAGACUGUCCUGAGCCCCGUGUGGACAAGAAUGCUUGCAAGAAUUGCGGUCAAUCUGGUCACCGGGCUGCUGACUGCGAGGAGCCCCCCAAUCCCGCCAAUGUCGAAUGUCGCAAGUGCAACGAGAUGGGUCACUUUGCCAAAGAUUGUCCUCAGGGCGGUGGCAGCCGUGCUUGCCGCAACUGUGGUCAGGAGGGCCACAUCGCCAAAGACUGUGACCAGCCUCGCGACAUGUCGACUGUGACUUGCCGCAACUGUGAGAAGCAAGGACACUUCAGCAAGGAGUGCCCCGAGCCGAAGGAUUGGACUAAAGUUCAGUGCUCCAACUGUCAGGAGUACGGCCACACCAAAGUUCGAUGCAAGGUCCCUCCUGUCGAUGAGGCUGACGGCUUUGGUGUUGCUGGUGACGGGGACGGUGGAUGGUCCAACGCUGAUGCCGUGGGGGGUGGUGACGGCUACAGCAAUCAGAACACUGGUGGCAACGACGGGUGGUAAACACUAUUCAUGGCAUGAACCUGUCCUGCAAGACAGACUCUUCGGCGAUUUUGAUGCAUAUGGUCGGUGGGUGGCAUUUAACAGACGAACCGAAGUAGUAAAAAAGGGUGAUGUUGGAAGCGAUUUCGUCAAAAGUUGGCCGUUGGAAGUAAUUAAUCCAUGCAACCACAUAAAUGCCUAAUCAAUUGAGUGGUCGU